CUGACGUCACCAGCGCGCGCCCUCGCCGCAGCCGGUCUCCGGGGCACGCGUCAGGUCCGGUGGUCCCAAGUUCUCCGCUAGCAGUCUGCCGCGCAGCUCCAGUUGCUCCGGUCCGGACGCCCGCGUGGGCACAGGCUCUGCGACAUGUCGAUGCUGGCUGAGCGUCGGCGGAAGCAGAAGUGGGCUUUGGAUCCAAGAAAUACCAGGUGGAGUAAUGAUGACUCCAAGUUUGGCCAGAGGAUGCUGGAGAAGAUGGGGUGGUCUAAAGGAAAGGGUUUAGGGGCUCAAGAGCAAGGAGCCACAGAACAUAUUAAAGUUCAAGUUAAAAAUAACCACCUGGGACUUGGAGCCACGAUCAAUAAUGAAGACAACUGGAUUGCUCAUCAGGAUGAUUUUAACCAGCUUCUGGCUGAACUGAACACUUGUCAUGGACCAGAAAUAGCAGACUCCUCAGACAACAAGGAAAAGAGAUCUUUCAGCCUUGAGGAAAAGUCCAAAGUCUCCAAAAACCGUGUUCAUUAUAAGAAAUUCACAAAAGGGUUGCUCUCCACCCCGACCUGCUGCAGGACAGAAGACAGGCCUUGCUGGCCCUUCAGUCCUUUUGAGGAGAGGCUGAAGGAUGAUUCCAGUCCCGCCACUCCAGAUGGGAAUGAAAACUCUACUACGACAACCAGCACCUUCACCAUCCAGGAGUACUUUGCCAAGCGGAUGGCAGAGCUAAAGAACAAGUCACAGGUUGUUGCUGCAGGGCCUGACCUUCCAGAGACCCAAAUGGAAAGGAAAAAGGGAAAGAAAAGAAAGAAAGAGGCAAAAAAUAAAAAUGUGGAGAAUUACACCCAACCCAAGACCAAGAAAAAGAGAGACGAGGCUGAGCAGCAGCUCAGAGACCCUCAGGGGGACGAGAAUUCUGAUGCUUCUGCUGAGGAUGGAGAAGACUGUAUGUGGCCAUUUGGUGACCAGGACUUACCACCAAAGCCCAAAAAAAAGAGAGAAAAGAAAAAGCUACAAAAGCAGGUUGAGGCAGCAAUGGAUGCUACUGUAGAUGAAACACCAGUGAAAAAGAAGAAGAAAAAGAAGAAAGAUUCCAAGUAAAUUCUUUUGAGCCAGGGCCUUCUAACCACUCAGGUGUCAGGGCACUGCCAGGCUGCCUUGGCCUGGAGUCAGAGCAGAGUUCACCCAAAAGAGUGUGUGCACAUCUUUUAACAUGCCCGCGGAUUGCUGGGUCUCGCCCUCUCACCACAUUUUCCCCAAACCAUUUUCCAAGGACUUUUUAAUGUUUCAAAUCAUGACUCUCAUGAACAAAUAAAUUUCUUUGUAGACUCUGA